UGCGGAUUAUGUACAACAGCGGGAAUUUUAAAAGCUGGCAAGCUAGCUACCGACCAGUUCAUCGUUACAUUCAUAUUACUCGAAAUUUAACACAAUGAAGCAUAUAAGGAACAUCAAAGAAAUGCUCAACAUCCCAAAUGGAAACAGAAAUGCUACCAGUGGCCACUCCACCUUGCCAGACUCCCAGCAUUUAUUUGGCUCACAAUUUUGGACUGACAGUUCCCAAAGCAACUCUCAGGAUGUGAAUUUCUCAUCCAGAAACUCCCAGCGAAGUUCACAGGAGGGGAGCGAACCAAAGGUUUAUAGCAGAUAUGUAUCCAAACCUCUCCUGUUUGGUGACAAAUGCCGAACUUCUGGCUUACUGGAGAAGUAUGAAGAGGACAUAAAAAAGGCGAAAGAGAAAAGUGACAGAGAUCUUUUUGCCAGAGAAUUCCAAAACAUCAGAGACACUCUCAUCAGCAUUCAACAACUGGUCAGCGGGACAGAGAGAAAUACAGCUUCAUUCCAAGCAUUAUUUAAAAAACUUGAUAUUUUUGCAUCAGCAUCGGAGUGUCUUCAAAGAGACCUUUCCCAGAAGUUUGACUCUUUGGUAGACAAACUAAGCUCUCACAAAGCGGUGAUGACAGAGCUAGAGGAUGGAAUGCAGAAGCAUGUGGAUACUACAGCAGAGCUUCAGUCACAGCUGCUAACCUUAACAACGAGUCUGGAGUCUCUGAGGGAGGAGCAUAAAGGACAAAAACAAUUGCUUGAAGAGGCUCUGAAGCUGCUUAACUCUUUAGUUUCUAAACCUUCAGCUAAACCCAGCCCUGAUCAGUGGCUGGACAGUGCUGUUCAGACAACACCUGGACUGCAGCAGUCUGUGUCCAACAAUCUGAAGAAAACUCAGCCAACAUCAGCCAACGUUAAACAACCUCCAGUUGAAACUUCCCUUCAAGUCCACAGGCAUGGCUUUAGAAAGAAAAGCUAUCCUCUGAGAAGCAACACGCGUAAAAAGAAAUCGCCAAUGCCCCUACAGAUAAGUAAGACCUCAGUGUCAAAGAAAAACUGUCAACAUGGGAAGCAGUGCAGCAAACCACUGAACAUGUCUGAACCGCUUCGUGAGCGUUGUGAUGAGAAUACAAUAUUCAUUGAGGAAAGCAGCUCAGAUGGUGUCAUGCCAGUGAGCAAAGGAAACAGGUUCAGUGUAACUGCAGGAUGCUUCAUCUCCCCCCUGAGCGACUGGUCUCAGGACAGCGGCAACUCUGACUACGUGAACAUAAUCGAACCCAUCUUAGGGAAACUUUCAGCGGAGUCAAUGAUGGCAACCCCAAAGAAACCUGGAAACUUGUGGGACUUGUUCGAUUCUGACUACGACGUUUAGAACAUGAGCGGCAGAAUAGUGGUAAUGUUUUUUGAGUUCUUCUUAGAGCAGUUGUGAACAAUAGCUCAAAAAUAUUUAUAUAAACCUUUAUUAUUGUGGUUAAAUGUUCUUGCGUGUUACAUUCUAGCAUUUUAAGAAAAACAUGCAAUGUAAGUGUGCAGUUAUUUUUAUUAUAUUUAUAGAGGGAGAACUUUGGCAGUGUGUAAAAAUGAGUACAAGGAAGUUAAGGACAGUGUGACGAUCUGUAACAUUACAUGAACUUAUUUAAAUGCCUUGUACUUGUUUUGCUAUUGCUCUUGGUUUAAAAUACUCUUCAAGUUUGGCAUCUCUGCAGAUGUUGUUUAUUUGUAAUGAAUUUAUUUAUUCGAGAUUCAUUGUUCCAGUUUGAGAUGAGAAAUAAUUUGAUGUUGAAUAUUUUAAAGUUUUUGUGUUUAAUAAAAUUAGCUGGUAAAUGGGAAACAAUUUCGAUGAUCCAUGUUUCAGUAAAAACAAAUAAAAACAUGGAACCUUCAAUAUACUGUAGUUAUUGUACUUAUAAAAAAGUUUUGAUGCAA